GAUAUGUCAUUUUGGAUAAGCACAAUAUUGGUUAUCAUUUUUGAAUCAAAUGGUUAAAGUUUAUAGUUAUGCUGGUAAUAUAUGCAGAGUGCUGAAUUCACCUGUCGUGUUGAAGUCAAACACAUACGCAAUAGCCAAGAGUGGUUCAAGCUGACAUGUGGCGGUGGGAAUUGCAUGAAAGGUGUGGGGCGUGAAGACAACGAUAUGUGGUGUGAUGGGUGCGAAAACCCCGUUGUCUUCCCGAGAGGAAGGCUAGAACUCGAGGUGUUUGACUCAACAGCCGAAGCUGUCGUUGUCUGCUUUGAUGACACCGCCCAACGCUUGACAAAGACCACUGCUCAUAGUAUACUCACAGCAGAGUGUGGCCUGUCACGCGUCUACAGCCUUUAUUCCACUGACAUACAGGAUAAGUUCACUCCGGUGAUGGUAAGGAACGCUGAUGGAAGCAUUUCAACACUGCCGAAUUAUUUCACUGCAGUCAGUUGGCUGGUGAUGGGAUUGGGGAUGACGGUGGCAUGCGUGGUUGUUGCUGUUGGUGGUGAUAGUUGCUGUUUGAGGUUUAGUUUAAAGGGUUUUGGUGGUGGAGAGAAACAAGUAAGAAGGGUGGAAAGUGACCCACAAACUUCUUGA